ACCGCUAUCAUGGCUAGUCAAAUACAAUUGAUUUUCCUCCUCGUGAUCGCAGUGUGCAUGGUGCAUAGUACACCUCUUACAGUCGAACAAAACGCUGAUUCUGGGCAAAAUGAAGAAAUAAGAGCGAAUCUUGAUAACGUAAUUGAUGCUCUAUUGCCUUCUGUACGCCAAUUCAUCUUGAGUAAUGGAAUGGAUCCUAUGCAACUCCCCAACGUUUCUACACAUAUUUUCCCACAUUUGACUGGGAAACUCAAGGGAAAUCUUGACCUCAAGAAUGGGUGGAUACAAAAUUUAUCGCUUGUAAAGCGCACUCAACAUGUGACUGCAACAUAUAAGGACAAACGUUUGACGAUAGAUAUGAAUUUGGGAUUUGAAGUUAUGAGCUUUAAUUAUUAUUAUAAUCUGAAGCAUUUACUAUAUAAGAGAAAAGGUGAUAUAUACGGUCGUUUACACGAUCUUGAUGUCCAUGUCGUGACGACGAUCGAUUUAAAUAACUACUACUUACUUCUCGAUUCCAUAAAGUUCUCUAAUGUCUGGAAAUUCGACGUACAAUUCGGGGGUAAUCUUUUGGAUCCUCUUGUGAACGGUUUGACUAAAAUAAUCAUAAAGGUUUUCAAAAACCCCCUAUUAAACGUCAUUGAGAAUCGUGCCAAAUCGAAUUUCGGCGUACAACUUAAUGAUUGGAACACAAAUACUCCACAGUCAGAUCGUAUAGCAAUAAUAUAUAAAUGGCUCGACAUUGCGAAAUCCGAAUUUAAUAAUUAAUUCUUGUUAUUCUAU